UAUUGUUAAAGGGAUACCUAGUUUCCGUAAUACAUUGUAGUGUUUAAAUUCUCUUUGGUUACCGCACCAGCUGCUCGUCAUAAAAUCCCAAAAAAAAAAACACCAGCUGCUGUAGCCUCAAGUCUGUAAUAAAAAAUAAGUUUAUGACCUUGUAAGCUAUGGGAAUUUUUUAAUAACACAUUUUAGGUUCGACUUAUUUUUGAUAGGAUUUAAUUAUUUACUAAUUAUUUUAGUAAACAACAAAAAUGGCCUUUAAUCCUGUGACUCAUGUUUUAUUUGACAUGGAUGGCUUGAUUUUAAAUACAGAAGACCUCUAUACAAUUGGAUUCCAAGAAAUCGUCUCGCGAUAUGGAAGGGAGUUUACGUAUUCGCUUAAAAGUAAAAUAAUGGGACAACACAGCAAUGAAUUUGCAGUUUCCAUUAUAAACGAACUGGAUUUGCCAAUUACGGUCGAAGAGUUUCUAACAGAGACACGAAAAGUCUUUAAUGAGCUAUUUCCGCUGUGUAAAGUAAUGCCAGGAGUUGAGAAACUAAUCCGACACUUGCACAAACACAAGGUUCCUAUAGGAUUAGCAACGAGCAGUAGCAAGGAGUCUUACGAGUUGAAGACACAAAAACAUCAGGAAUUGUUUUCUCUGCUGCAAUACAAAACCUGGGGGUCAUCAGAACCCGAAGUAACGAGGGGCAAGCCUUAUCCAGACAUAUUUUUAGUGGCAGCUUCUAAGUUUCCUUCUAAACCAGACCCAGAAGAGUGUUUAGUAUUUGAAGACUCGGUCAAUGGUGUCAAAGCAGCCCACGCAGCCGGAAUGCAAGUGAUAUUAGUUCCCGACCCACAACUAGACGUUACUUUGGCCCCUGAGGCGACGCUUAUUAUAAAAUCUAUGGAAGAAUUUCGACCGGAGCUUUUUGGCCUACCCGCAUUUGAUACGUAAGAACUUGCAAAUUAAAAUAAUUGGUUUGCUUUUCUUCGUAGGUUAAGUAGAAGAAUGUAUUGUGUAAAGCAUUUCUUUUUAUUGUUACUGUUGCUUAAAUUUUUAUAAAUGUUGUUAUAAUAAAUAAUGCUGUUACUAAA